AUGACUCUGAACACGCAGCCUGGCUGCAGGAGCCCUCUGCGACGGAGGGCCAGCACCCCGCUCCCGCGGCCGGGUGGCUCUGGGGCCACUUCGCGGGGUGAGCCCUGCCACCCCCAGCUCGGCCACACCGCCUCCGAGCCGGGCGGCAGGGCCCCCCGCGGCAGCUGCUCCCCCGACUCCUCGGGCUCCCCAAGCCUCAGGAAGCCCCGGUACCGAGUGGUGCUGCUGGGUGACCCCGGCGUGGGGAAGACCAGCCUGGUCAACCUCUUCGCCGGCGUCCAGGAGAGGGACCUGCUGGACCAGCAUGGAGGGGCCGCGUACGAGCGCAGGCUGACCGUGGAUGGCGAGGAGACUACUCUGCUGGUGCUGGACACCUGGGAGCCAGAGCAGCGGGUAUGGUGGGGCUGGCGCCGUAGCCACUGCCUGCAGGUAGGGAACGCCUACAUCAUCGUUUACUCUGUCACUGACCGGGACAGCUUUGAGAGUGCCUCAGAGCUGCGCAUCCAACUGCGCCGCGCGCGCCAGGCUGAGGACAUCCCCAUCAUCCUGGUGGGCAACAAAACUGACCUGGUGCGGUGCCGUGAGGUGUCCGAGGAAGAAGGCCAGGCCUGCGCCGCCGUCUUCGACUGCAAGUUCAUUGAGACGUCGGCAGCUCUGCAGCACAACGUGGCUGAGCUCUUCGAGGGGGUGGUGCGGCAGAUCCGCCUGCGCCAAGGGGGCAAAAAGUCCCAGCUGCACCCCACGCCUGGCCAGAAGCACAAGGAAAGCCUCGCCAGCAGAGCCCGGCACUUCCUUGACAGGCUGGUGACCAGGAACAGCAGCAGAGUGGCCCUCAAAGUCCGUUCCAAGUCCUGCCAUGACCUGUCUGUGCUCUGA